AUGCCCGAACCUAGAGGUCUGCUUGUUGAUGAUCAGUCUCGAUGCGUUCAUUGGAACUCGAGAGUUGAUGUUAUUUGCUUCAAAUUUAAAUGCUGCCAACAAUACUAUGCCUGUCAUUCGUGUCAUGAUGCCCUGGAAACACACCAAAUUCAAAGAUAUAAAAUCGCACCAGGGUCCUCGGAACAUGUGGUACUGUGCGGUGUCUGUCGUAAAACAAUGACUUUUGAACAGUACCACCACACACUCAAGUGCGAUAAUAACCUUCAGUGUCCAUUUUGUUCGGCAUCUUUCAAUCCCAAUUGUAACUUACACUACUCCAUCUAUUUCGAUAUAUAG